GAAAUGAAGUGUCACAGCCGUCACAAAUUCUCAAAACAAAACCCAAAGGAAUAUAAUCUUGCUAUAAACUAUUAAUUAAAAGUAAAAGAUGUCACUGUCGGAAUACCACCAAAUCAGUAAAUUGAAGCACUUUUUCGCCACCGUCCGUGCGAACGGCGGGUUCAGAAACACUUUGUACAAGUUGUGGAGAUUUGAUACUUUUAAGCAUGGUUGCCUGAUGGGCUGGGACGAGAACGGCAACAAAUACUAUGAGAAUCAGCGGUACAUGAUCGGCCGCAGCCGCUGGGUGGAGUACGCGGACCACUACAAGUGGGACUAUGACGCCUCUCAGGUGACUCCAGAAUGGUUCGGCUGGCUCCACUACAUGACGGACCAGGUCCCCUGCUGCCAUCUCAUCAAGUACUGCAUGCGGCAGUCGCAUUGCCACAACCGCUGGCUCCUGACCCCCGUGGAGAACAUGACGGGCACUAGACGCCAGUACUACCCUUACUCCACCACCAAACAAGCCGUCACGGUGUGGGAUGGUUCGUCUUUAUCCGAGUUGCCCUGCCCCCCCGUUUGCUCCGAAAGUAAAUAAUCACUUCAAUUGACAACGUUAUUAAUUUCAACAAUUAUUAAAUAGUGAAUCAUUAAAACGAUACUUUUAAA